AUGGCGGACGUCGAAGGCGAUGGCAUCGAAGUCUGGUUCGACAAUGUCCAUUCGUCCGACAUCGAAGCCAAGCUGGCAAUAGCGGUAGCACUUGUGCGCCCUUUGUCCGUGAACCAAAGGUCGCUUAGCGAUAUCGGGUGGGCGCACAUAGGCAAAACCACUUGGAGUUGGGUUGGAGGGUUCUCCGAGGCCGAUGGCGAGUAUGUAACAUGUUCGCAGGCCUCUUCAACUGCAGAGGUCGGGGCGUGCAUGAGGCCGACUAAUAUCUCUGGGGCUGCGGUGCGGAUUUCACCACCAACUUGGUAG